AUGAAAGGUUAUGUUGGUGAUGAUGAAGAUGGGCCCAGACCAGGUUGGGUGGUGGUAGGGUUAGGACAGAUUUGGUCGGGCUGUGUGGCUAAUGGCUAUAAAAGCUCAACUUUACAGUUCCACAGCACAUUCGUAACCAUAUCUCCCUUUGCUUUCAUAAUAGCCAACCCUCACCCACCCUCAAAAAUGUACAAACUGGUUGUAUUCGCCGCCUUCCUGGCCGUAGCCGCUGCUGCCCCUGGCCUUUAUGGUGCUCCCAUUGCUGCAGCUCCCUGGCCUGCUCCCUGGGGCCACGGUAUCGUAGGAGCACCCUUAGUUAGCACCGGAAUAGUCAAAACAGCUGUUCCUGUUGCUUCCUCUUAUGCUAACACCGUCAGGAUCGCUUCUCCAGCUGUUGUUGCUGCGCCAGCGCCUAUCGUCGCUGCUCACGCUCCAAUCAUCGCGGCACCAGCCCUUGCCCACGGGUGGUAA